ACAGUGUAAUAUCCCGUGUAAAUAUAUCGUCGUGCGUAUUGUGAUUGUCUUGAUGAUUUAUUGUACACCAAACCCGAAUACAAAAAGCACCUUCACGUCAGGUAUAUACACGCAAUAAUAUAGACCAGACUCUCUUUGGAAGUGACACUUUGAAGUGGAGUAUGGAUGAAGAUGUGUUAAGGAAACUCUCAACCAUUAUUACUGUCUUUUUCUUCGCCUCAUCUUCUAAACUAUUUGGAACAGUUGCAGUUCUUGCUCAGGGGGAAUACGAGGGGGGCAUACGACUUGUAGACGGUACGUCAGCUUAUGAGGGGCGAAUUGAGAUCUAUCAUUCCGGAGAAUGGGGCACAAUUUGUGAUGAUUCUUGGGAUACCAACGAUGGUGAAGUGGCCUGUCGACAAUUAGGCUACUCUGGAGUCGACCAGGCAUUCCAAGGAGGUCAGUUUGGGGAAGGGUCUGGAACGAUCUGGCUGGAUGACUUGCGGUGCAGUGGUUCGGAAAAGGAACUGUCUGCUUGUUCUAGCAGUGGAUGGGGAGUUCAUAACUGCGGACAUUCGGAAGAUGCAGGACUCAGGUGCUCUUCUAUCUCCUUAGGAACCGAGCUGAGACUAGUAGGCGGUUCUUUGUCGAAUGAGGGGCGUGUUGAGAUCUACUACUCAGGAGAGUGGGGUACUAUAUGUGAUGAUUAUUGGGAUAUCAACGAUGGUGUAGUUGCCUGUCGACAAUUAGGCUAUUCUGGAGUCGACCAGGUAUUCCAAGGAGGUCAGUUUGGGGAAGGUUCUGGAACUAUUUGGCUGGAUGAUUUGCAAUGCUCUGGUUUGGAAGAAGAACUGUCUGCUUGUUCUAGCAAUGGAUGGGGUGUUCAUAACUGCGGACAUUCAGAAGAUGCAGGACUCAGGUGCUCUUCUAUCUCAUUAGAAACCGAGCUGAGACUUGUAGGCGGUUCUACGUCGAAUGAGGGGCGUGUUGAGAUCUACUACUCAGGAGAGUGGGGUACUAUAUGUGAUGAUUUAUGGGAUAUUAACGAUGGUGCAGUUGCCUGUCGACAAUUAGGCUAUUCCGGAGUCGACCAGGUAUACCAAGGAGGUCAGUUUGGGGAAGGGUCUGGAACUAUCUGGCUGGAUGAUUUGCGAUGCAGUGGCUCGGAAGAUGAACUGUCUGCUUGUUCUAGCAAUGGAUGGGGAGUUCAUAACUGCGGACAUUCGGAAGAUGCAGGAGUCAGGUGCUCUUGUAAUUCAUCAGAAUCCGAGCUGAGACUAGUCAGCGGCUCUUCGUCGAAUGAGGGGCGUGUUGAGAUCUACUACUCAGGAGAGUGGGGUACUAUAUGUGAUGAUUCAUGGGAUACUUACGAUGGUGCAGUGGUCUGUCGACAGUUGGGCUAUCCUGGAGUCGAGGAAGUAUUCUCCGAAGCCUACUUUGGGGAAGGAGUUGGAAGGAUUUGGAUUGAUAACAUGGAGUGUAGUGGCAGUGAGCUGACACUCCAACAAUGCCCGAGUAACACCUGGGGGAACCACAACUGUGGCCAUUCAGAGGAUGCGGGUGUACGCUGUGCGGUAUCUGCUUCCACGGAAGGGGCAGUGCGUUUGGUGGACGGUCCGAACGACGCAGAGGGACGCUUGGAGAUCUUUCACGAUGGCCAAUGGGGUACUGUCUGUGACGACACAUGGGACUUGGAAGAGAGUCGGGUGGUCUGCCAACAACUUGGAUUCAAAGGUGAGGGGUAUUUCACCACCAGCAUUAGGGGCUACCAAGAGGCCACAGGAUCAAUCUGGUUGGACAGCGUACAGUGUAAUGGGGACGAGGGUCAGCUCAGCUAUUGCACCCAUGAUGGUUGGGGAGUACACGACUGCGGACAUUCAGAAGAUGUUGGCGUAGAGUGUCACGGCCUAUCGAGUAGCGGUCUUUCUGGUUGGGAAAUAUUUGGAAUCGUUGCUGGAUGCUUAACAGGGGUGUUCUUUUUCUACCAUUGCUGUCUUAAAAAGGGGAAGAACGAAUCAUCCCCAUCGGUACCCACCCAAAGAACAGAAAUUACACUAGAUGUUACUGGUGGAGAUAGAACUCAGGAAUCGGGCGAUUCUCCUCCAGAGGAUACAGGGGAGUUAGCUUUAACUCAUUUGGGUGAUCCAAACUCGAGCUUACCGGACGUUCCGCCACCAGCUUACGAAGACAUCGGAAAAUUUUCGACCUUGCAAAUGCCGGAUUCGGAAGCGUUGUACCCUCCGCCAUCCUCUACAGGCUCAUUUGUACCUCCUAGUCAACCUUAUAACUCAGCAUAUCCCUACCCACCGCCGCCCCCAUCCGUAUCAUACCCUCCACCACCUCCACCAGAAAUCUCAGAUGGUUCUGUUGCAUAUCUUUAUUCGCCGCAGGUUCCAUCAUCAGCAACUUCUUUACCUCCAGCUAGUUAGUCUAGGCAGUACUAAAUUCUUCUUUGAUUUCAGCCACCGCACACGUUACGACAAGUCUAUUUACGGAAGGAUCAGCGCAUUGCUAUUUUUAUAUUAACAAUAGUAUAUGUUUAUAAUAAUGAUAUGAUUUGAUGUUCAGAGUUACUAUUAGAAUACUGAUAUCAAAAUAAUUAUGAUCAAUAAGCCACUAAUUACCCCAGAGUGAUAUCCAAUUUGGAUUGAAUCUGUAUACAUUUUGUAUGACUGUUAUUACUUCAUUACGACUACCAUAAAAAUUCUGUAGGCCUACAGAGUAUGUUCCAUGUUUUAAUAUUUACAUCAAACAUUAAUUUUUUCCCCAAAAAACGACCGUAGAUCAAUCGUAAGGUGCGCGGUGGUCAUUAGGCUACAUCAUCAAUAUAAUUAUAUAUUUUUGUAUUAUUGACGUCUAUGCAUCCAAGUGUGUGUAUAUUGUAUAAGCAUCUAUAAAAAAGAAAAUAGUAUUUACGGUAAUGUAAUAAUUAAAAAAUGUUAUAUGAAAUUUUUAUUGGUCAUUUGUGCUGUUGACAUGAAAAUUAUAAUAUUUUAAUGAUUUGUUGAAAUGUUUUGUAAACUUUUGCGAUUUGGCUCUUGCCAAUUUCAGAGCAUAAUGAAUCGAUUUAGAUAACAUGUGGAAUAGACAGAGCAUCAAUUCUUAUUUAACUUGGUGCCACAGGAAGGUAUAAGGGGUAAUAGAGAUGAAGGCCCUGGAUGGAUCAGUUUACUAUGUAAAUCGCACAUUAUUUGUUUAAACAGUUUAAACAAGUGUUUAGAAUAUUUAUAAUUAAAUAUUUGAAUUUAGAAUUUGUUGUUUAAGAUUUUGAACACUUGUUUAGAAUGUUUAAAGUAACAACUACUGUGCGAUUCACGUAGUUAACGGUAUUGUUUGAAUUAUAUUUUAACAUUGAAAAAAAUAAAGUUGGCGGAGUAAAUCAAGUCUGCAUAUUGCCGACUUAACCCAAGACAAGACAAGUAGACAGUGUGGAGGGAAGGAGAAAACCAGGAAAGAAUGGCCAACUUUUUACUGUUAAAAUAUAUAUAUAUAUAUAUAUAUAUAUAUAUAUAAUAUUAUUAUACCAUUGGUCAUCUUACUGUUUAAUUUGAUUCAUUUAAUGUUUUUUUUUCCAACAGUAGAGGGAUGGUACAACCUUCUAUCAAAAUAGUAUUCAGAUAUCCAAAGAGAUACAUUCAUAUUGCUGAAUGUGUACAGCUGUUGCCUUCUCAUUUUUAUAAUGUCAUUUUAUAUUAUAUCAUAAUAUAUUAUGUAAUUUAUUAAUGCCAUUGGGAGAAAACUUAGCAACAAUCUUCAAAGGAAAUCAAAAUCUCAUGCAUAAACCCGCCAAGUUAAUCAUUUUGUAUUGUGCGAUAACUUAUGAUUUAUCUUUACUGUUUAUUUAUCGAAGUAAAAGAACAUAACUUAAUAAUUGACUUGGUUGUUUCUUUUGGUUUUAAUUAUGUAUGCAAAACUAAGGAGACGCUUAUGCACUAGAUUCCUAUCAAACCUCAACAGAAAGGGGGCGUGUAAUAGAAUUCCUAAGAUUGAAAAAUAGAAGAUUCUUGUCAAAAUUAAUUGGAUUUUAUUGUUUUAAUUACAUUGUUACUGCCUUUGUGACAAGAAACUUUAGAAAGUACUCAUUUUGAUA